CGGGAACAGAGGGAAAUGGUAUGCCCCGGAAGUGGUCGCCCAGCCUCCCAGGCCAGCUUCCGGUUCUACCGGAAGUGGCGAAAGGAGGCCGGUGGAUUCCGCAACUGUGGAGGGCGAGGUGACCCUGGCGCCGCCGCCACCAUGGGCCGCGAGUUCGGGAAGCUGUCCCGGGUGCGGCAUGUGAUCAGCUAUAGCUUGUCGCCCUUCGAGCAGCAGGCCUUCCCGCACUACUUCAGCAAGGGCAUUCCCAACUUGCUGCGCCGCAUUCAGGCGACCAUCCUUCGCGCCGCGCCGCCGUUUGUGGCGUUUUACCUCAUCUACACGUGGGGGACCCAGGAGUUCGAGAGAUCCCGGAGGAAGGACCCGGCUGCCUAUGAAAAUGACAGCUGAGCGAGGGGUCUGGAGGAUGGUUCCUUGUCUCCGAAAGACUGUUCUCUGGGAGGAGUCCACACUGUAGUGUCUUGAAGACACAAUAAACUUCUUUCAGGCUGCGA